GUGGACCAUAUUGCUCUCUCCGUUUCCAUCUCCUCUUCCCCCUUAGGUCGGACGCAGCCUCUACCACGCCGGCCGUUCGUCUAAUAUCCUGAAUUUACUAUCUGUCUUCUUAUUUUAUCAUAUCUCAGCUUAUAGAGUGUUGUUGAGGCUGCUGUGAGCAAUGGUGAAGUCAUACCUUCGGUACGAACCAGCUGCUGCUUUUGGAGUGAUAGCAUCCAUAGACUCGAACAUAACCUAUGAAAGUUCCGGGAAACACCUGCUAGCAGCAGCACUAGAGAAGGUUGGCAUUUGGCACGUACGGCAAGGCAUCUGCACCAAAUCCUUGGCUCCUUCAGCUUCCUCAUCAUCCAAAGGGCUCUCCCUAGCUGUCACCUCCAUUGCUGCCUCACCUUCAACUUUCAUUGCAAGUGGUUAUGCUGAUGGGAGCAUAAGAGUAUGGGAUUCUGAAAAAGGACUAUGUGAAACCACCUUAAAUGGACAUAAAGGGGCGGUCACUGCCCUUCGCUACAACAAAACUGGAUCUUUUAUUGCAUCAGGGAGCAAAGAUAAUGAUGUAAUUUUAUGGGAUGUAGUUGGUGAGGCUGGUUUGUUUCGACUUCGUGGACAUCGUGACCAGAUUACAGAUGUUCUUUUCUUAGACUCUGGGAAAAAGUUGGUAAGCUCUUCCAAGGACAAGUUCUUGAGAGUAUGGGACCUUGAUACUCAGCACUGCAUGCAGAUCAUUAGUGGGCAUCAUACUGAAAUUUGGUCCAUAGAUGCCGACCCUGAAGAGAAAUAUCUGGUUACUGGAUCUGCCGAUCCAGAGCUUCGUUUUUACACAAUUAAGCAUGAUUUGUCUGCUGAUAAACCCAUAGCUAACACAAAUGAAGGAGUAGACAGUGCUGCUACCACUCAAAGCAAAUGGGAAUUCCUAAGGCCAUUUGGCGAAAUUCAAAGACAGAGCAAGGAUAGGGUUGCUUCCGUGAGGUUCAACCGAACCGGAAACAUACUGGCUUGUCAACAUGCUGGGAAGACAGUAGAGAUAUUUCGUGUGUUGGAUGAAUCUGAAUCCAAACGUAAAGCAAAAAGAAGAAUUAGUAGGAAGGAGAAGAAAACAUUGAAAGAAAAUGGAGACUCAAAUAAUGUUGGAAUCCAUCCAGAAGGCAAGAACCUUGUUAUUAUUACCGCCUUUGAUGUUUUCAAGCUUUUACUUACUCUGCGUGCUGGAAAGAAAAUAUGCUCAAUUGCUUUUAGUCCGGUUGCAUCUAAGGGCACACUGGCCACUUUGGCAUUGUCUUUGAAUAAUAAUUCAUUAGAAUUUUAUGCAAUUGAUGAAAGUGGGACAGCCAACAAAAGCAGUAGUAUUGAGCUCCAAGGGCAUCGUUCUGAUGUAAGAAGUGUUACUCUUAGUUCAGACAACACACUCUUAAUGUCAACAAGUCAUAGUCUGAUUAAGAUAUGGAACCCUAGCACUGGAUCUUGCCUACGGACAAUAGAAUCAGGAUAUGGGUUGUGUGGCAUAUUUAUUCCUGGAAACAAAUAUGCAGUUAUUGGAACAAAAGGAGGAACUUUAGAGAUCCUUGAUGUGAGUAGUGGUACUUGCGUUGAUGUGGUGGAAGCUCAUGGUGGCUCGGUUCAAUCAAUUGCUGCAACCCCCGAUGGAACUGGUUUUAUUACUGGGAGUGCUGAUCAUGACAUUAAGUUCUGGGAGUUACAGUUAAACAUAAAGUCUGGUCAGGAAGUCAAGCAUAUAACUGCAUCUCAUGUGAGGAGUAAGAAAAUGGAUGAUGAUGUCAUUGCUGUUGUUGUCAGCCCUGAUGGUAAAUACAUUGCAGCUGCACUUUUGGAUAGCACAAUCAAGGUGUUUUUCAUGGAUUCUCUCAAAUUUUUUCUGUCAUUGUAUGGCCACAAACUGCCUGUUCUAUGUAUGGAUGUUUCAUCAGAUGGAGAUCUGCUUGUUAGUGGCUCUGCUGACAAAAAUGUGAAGAUCUGGGGUUUGGAUUUUGGUGACUGUCACAAGUCCAUUUUUGCUCAUGCUGAUAGUGUCAUGGCUGUUAAGUUUGUGCGCAAUACCCAUUACAUGUUUAGUGUGGGUAAAGACCGUCUUGUGAAAUAUUGGGAUGCUGACAAAUUUGAGUUGCUUUUAACACUUGAGGGGCAUCAUGCUGAAAUAUGGUGUCUUGCUGUCAGCAACCGUGGAGAUUUUUUUGUAACGGGAUCACAUGAUCGUUCAAUACGUCGUUGGGAUCGUACUGAAGAACCUUUUUUCAUUGAGGAAGAGAAAGAGAAACGGCUAGAGGAGAUUUUUGAAUCUGACAUUGACAACACCUUAGAGAAUAGAUAUGCAGCGAAGGAGGUUGAGCUUCCAGAGGAAGGAGCUGUGGCAUUAGCAGGAAAGAGGACUCAAGAAACUCUUAACGCAACAGACUCCAUUAUUGAAGCCUUAGACAUUGCAGAACAUGAAGCUAAGCGCAUUGCUGAAUAUGAGGAGGAGAAAUCAAAAGGCAAAGUUGUUGCGUUUCGGCCAAAUAUCCUUAUGCUUGGGCUAUCUCCCUCUUCUUUCGUUCUUCGCGCAGUUUCAAAUGUCCACACAAAUGACUUGGAGCAAACAUUACUGGCACUACCGUUCUGUGAUGCCCUGAAGCUUUUGGCUUACUUGAAGGAUUGGGCAUAUAUACCUGAGAAGGUGGAGCUUGUCUGUAGAAUGACCACAGUGUUGCUACAACUGCACCAUAACCAGCUUGUUGCAACUGUAUCUGCUAGACCUCUACUUUCGCUUCUCCAAGAUGUAAUCCCUACAAGAAUUCAGGAAUGCAAAGAUACACUUGGCUUUAACCUGGCUGCGAUGGAUCAUCUCAAGCAAAUGAUGGCAUUAAAGUCAGAUGCACCUUUCAGAGAUGCAAAAACAAAAUUAUUAGAAAUACGUUCCCGCAACACAAAGCGAAUUGAGGCGAGGGCAGAAACGAAGGAAGAGAGGAAGAAGAAGAAGAAACAAAAGAAGUCUGAUGGAGGGCAUGUCUGGUCCUGAUUUUUGGUUGGGAAAUUUUGUGCACACGAAGGCACACCAUUGAUUAUUUAAAUUUAGUGGAUUAGCAAUACCACAGGCAUUUCCAUAUGAGAAAUUUUGUAUCGUGAUCUAAGCUAGAUUUGUAUUCACACUAUUUACAACAUUGAUCAUUUGAUCCUAACAAAAGUAUCAAUAUUGGAAAAAUAUGAUUAUUGGAAAUCGUACAUGAUGCCGUUAUACACUUAUACAGUUAUACCC